AUGGCACUCUCCUAUAAAAAGCCUGUUGAGGGCAAACCCGAGAAGGUCCAGGUUGUCGACCUAGAAAACACAGUCAAAGAAUGGGCUACAAAUCACUUCAAAAAGAUCACAAAUGUAAAGCGAAAGAAUAUGGAUAUUCAAAUAAACUGGAAUGAUGUGGACAGUAGAAGUGAAAUGGUUUUCUGUGCAGACGUUAAAUCGGACAGUGGAACAGAAAAUGCCAGUACCAACGAGGCCCUCUCCACAGGACAUGAUAACUGGCUGAACCAGCAUGUCUUGUUCAGCAUGGAAUAUGUCAAUGAUACAAAUGGGAGACAAGAAUACACCUUUCAUACGGACCGCACAACGCGCAGAGUUUUCGAGAUUGAGAAAUGCAAAGGCUUUUCUUGUAGAAAGGAGGUCGGAAUAAAGUUACAGGCGCCUGAGCAAUUACUAGAAGUGACCGGCAACUAUUCGCAGGAACUGACGCUCAACACGUCCUCGCGGCACUCGUGUGAGGAAGAAUUGACUUGGGGCACGGAUUACACCAUUGGUGUAGACCCAGACUGCACGGCAACCGUGAUGGUAAGAACGAUAUUUUAUUAUUUCUUAGAAAUCGACCUUAUUAGGUAA